UGACCUUUGCACGAACCAUCCGCACAUUUUUUUCGGCUUAUUAUUCAAUAACUUAAAAAUUAUAACUUAAAACCAAAGAACUCGGACCUACAAAUGAACAGCAUAGGCGAUGAUUGCAAUGAGCUCAAGAAGCAGUACGAUGCCUGCUUCAACAGCUGGUUCUCGGAGGGAUUCCUGAAGGGUCAGACAGAUGACUCGGGCUGCUCGCCGAUUUUCAGGGUCUACCAAGAGUGCGUCAAGCGCGCCAUGCGGGAACAGAAGAUCGAGUUGCGGGAGGUGGGAACGGAUUACUCCACAGGCUCCGAGUAUGACAAUGCGAACAGUUCGGGAGGAAAGCCCCAGCCGAAGAGCAAGAGUUGACCCGUCACGCCGCUCCAGCAUCCUGGCUACGGCCUUGAUUCCACAAUCGGCCAGGAACAGGUCCCUAGUAGUCUCACCGGUCAUCAGCGCCGGCACCAGAGAGGGGGCACUGCCUAGGAGUCCGUGGAUUACCACGUACUAGGAGCCGCUUUGUUUCAGCCCUUUGGCUCACAUCCAUAAAGCUAAAUCUUAUAUAAAUUAUGUAGUGAAUGUUUUAUAACUAAGUUCAAGUAGCAAGCCAUAAAAGUGUUAUACUCAGACGGACUCCGGUCUUCACUUUCUCAAAAGUAUUCGUAAAAGCUCAGGAAUAAGUUAAGGCCGGAGUUCUCCUUAUCGUGCAUAACUGCAAUAAAGUGUUAUCGUAAUAUAUUAAAUAAUUA